GAUUUUAGUAUAUAAAGAUCCGAAUUAAAAGCUCGUCACAUAUGUGUCAAGCUUGUCAAGCUUGUAACAAUCGUAAUUAAAAUCUCGAAGAUGAGACAGAUAUUGAGAGCAGGAUUUUUGAUCACUUUUCUGGCGUACGCCGUCACAAACAUCGUUGCCGACAACAAGAUCGUCUGCUACUAUGGCAGCUGGUCCACUUAUCGUCCCGGUGCCGGUCAAUUCAAUCCCACCGACAUAGAUCCAACACUGUGCACCCAUAUCGUGUACACGUUCAUCGGUAUUUCUACGGAUGGCAGCGUUCGCGUAUUAGACGCCUGGAACGAUCUUCCAGGCGGCAAGAACGGUUUUGGAAAAUUCAUCAGCCUUCAAAAAUUGAAUCCAAACGUUACAACAUUGGUGGGAAUGGGCGGUUGGAACGAGGGAUCGUACAAAUAUUCCCAGGUUGCCGCCAAUCCUACUGUCCGUGCAAAAUUCGUCAAUAACAUGGUUGCAUUCCUGAAAAUGUACAAUUUCAACGGUCUGGACCUGGACUGGUCGUAUCCAAACCAGCGUGGGGGCGUUUUUGCCGACAGAGAGAAUUACAUCUUGUUGCUGAAGGAAUUGAGGCAAGAGUUCGAUAAAAAUGGUUACAACCUGAGCGUGACGGUUUCCGCUCCUGAAUAUUCGGCCUCUCAAUCCUACAUUAUUCCGGAAGUGUCGAAAUACGUCGAUUUCAUUAGUCUAAUGACGUACGAUUUGCACGGAACAUGGGAGAAUGCCGCGCUACUUCACUCUGGCCUUUACCCUUCGGGCAAGGAUACCAAUAUUCGACUUGACUCUAACGUGGAUUGGUGCGUCAAAUAUUGGCUCACGCAAGGCGCGCCAGCUGACAAGAUCAUUCUAGGUAUCCCAGCCUACGGUAGAUCGUUCACCUUGUCGAAUUUGACGAACAACCAACCGGGUGCUCCAAUCCUGGGUGCUGGAAUCGCUGGUCCUUACACGCAAGAAAGUGGUACACUUGGUUACAGCGAAAUCUGCCAGUACAUUAAAGCAGGAUGGACUGUGGAACGGGAUUCUAAACAACGGGUACCUUAUGCUUACAAAAGCAACCAAUGGGUUGGAUACGAUGAUGUCACAUCCGUCGAAGAGAAAGUGAAUUAUGCCAAGUCUAAGGGUUUAGCUGGUGUAAUGCUAUGGGGCAUCGAGAACGACGACUUCAAGGCUUUCUGUGGUGAAAAGUAUCCACUUUUGAACGCGAUAAACAAGGUAUAUAAACAAAGCUAGAGUGUAAACUGUUGUUAACGAUUUUUAAUAUUGG